AUGCCCCCCGAUCUUCCUCUCAACCUAGGCCCAUCAAGUCUCAGCCCACCGGGCCUCCUUCCAUUCCUCAAACAAGCCCGCAGCCCAUUCCUACCCACAAUCAGAAAUGGCACCACAACACAUAGCCCCAUCUAUGUCCUAGGCAAUCAAUCCGCGGAUCUAGACUCUAUCAUCUCUGCAAUACUGUACUCAUAUUUCUUUUCAAGAGGAGGAAACGGCGAUAGUGAGAAGAGGAGGUAUGUGCCUCUGGUCAAUUUACCGGAUGUGCCUAGUGGGCCGGAAUUGAGAAGAUUGAGGCCUGAGUUUGCGUGUGCCUUGGAGCUUUCUGUUUCUUCGUCGUCAUCGUCAUCUACUUUGCCGAUGCAGAAGAAGACAGGGAGUGAUAAGGAUGGAGAAGAUGGGAUCGUGAAAUUGCUGAGAGAGCAUAUCAUCACCGUUGCUGAUUUGCGCGAGGGACUUUUAUCGUCCCGAGACGAAACGGAGAAGGGAGAGAAAUUAGAGCUUGAUUGUGUGAUGGUAGACUGGAAUAACCUCCCACAUAAACCGUCCCAACCACAGCAAGAAGGGAAAGGAUCGAUAGAUGGACUCUCAGACCUGGUCACGUUCGCAGUCAAAGGAUGCAUUGAUCAUCGCCCCGAUGAAGGAUUUGUGCCGCCACUGGAACGAUUACCGCCGGGGAAUCCGCGGGUUAUUGUAUCUGGACCGGGCUCGUGUACGAGUUUGAUUGUUCGUGAGAUUCGGGAGCGAGGAUUGUGGCCUUCAUUUUCUGCCGUGGAUGGGGAGCGACAAAAGCAAGAACAAGCUCAUCAUGCAGGUGGUGAAGAGGGGAAAUGGGAAGUCCAACUCGCCAAACUCGCGCUCGCCUCCAUUCUAAUCGAUACCACAAACCUCACCGCCGAAGGAAAAGUGACGGACGUCGACCGAGACGCUGUUUCGUUUCUGACGGAAAGGAUCUCUUCCCUUUCUUCUGGAGGUAGUGGUGAAUGGGACCGAACGGCGUACUUUGAGCAGAUUCAAUAUGCAAAAGCGCAUAGUUUGGAUUGGUUGACGGUUGACGAGAUUCUGGGUCGAGACUACAAGGAUUGGACUGAAUCAACACCAUCGGCCCAGAAAAUGGUCAUUGGAAUUGCGAGCGUUGUACGGCCGUUGAAAUGGAUCAUCCAAAAAGCGAGGGAUGAAGAUGACGAUUCAACCAAGACAGAGAAUGGCGAGUUAAAGUCAUUCUUGGAGAGUUUGAAAAAAUUCGCACUGGAAAGGCGUCUGGAUGUCAUUUCCGUGAUGACGGCAUUCAACGCCGACGAUGGCGAAGGAGGCCAGUUUGCUAGACAACUACUCGUCUGGGGUCUCAAAGAUGACCACAACGAUAAACUCGCAAAAUUCGCGGAAACUUCCAAAGAGCAAUUAAGGCUACAGAAGUGGAAUGAUUUCCCCUUCGCAGGCACUGAUGAAUAUGCGGGGGGUUUAUACAUAUGGCAGCAAGGGAAUGUUUCUCAAAGCAGAAAGCAAGUCGCCCCGCUGCUUAGGGAGGCGUUCACUAGGUAG